CUGAGGACUUUGCUGGAGAGGAAGGAGCCCUGUCAAAAUGACCCUAUUGCCUUCUCCCUCGUGUGCAUAAAAAAAAACCGGGUGAUGGUGGGCACACCUGGGCAUUUUCUGUCAGGGCCGUGCCUAGCUGAGGAUAAUGAUAUGGAAGUCUGACCUCCCCACCACAAAGGAUGAGAGAAGAGUUUUCUAUAGACCGACUGUUCUUCAGAUAUACGGAGUAUAAGAGACACAUGGAAGCUGGGAAGGAUCAACUGAGCCCUGGAGCUGAUGCACGCUCACAUUGCUAAGAAUGGCACCAAGGUCCAGUCUGGCACCAAGACAAAGGUUAAGCCAGGACACACCUGCACAGUGAUGCUGAUGUCUGUUCUUAGCCUCAAGGUCAAGGCUGUGAUAAGAGAAAGAGGCCAACGUCCACGGAGCUGCUGGUUCCUCCUGCUGCAGACUUUCCCAGAGCUCUGAUUCCAGGGCUGAGCAAGGAGCCAGGUCUUUCAGUUGCCCACAUUCGUCGUGCGUGGACCAGCUGUGUUCUCCUGUCACGACCCCUUGGACAAGGUCUGACCUUGCCUAGCAGCAAGCCCCAGUUGGCACCAUGGCUUCUGCAGAGCCCCUGACGGCACUGUCCCGCUGGUACCUGUACGCCAUCCAUGGCUACUUCUGUGAGGUGAUGUUCACCGCGGCCUGGGAAUUCGUGGUGAAUUUUAACUGGAAGUUUCCGGGUGUCACGAGCGUGUGGGCCCUUUUCAUCUAUGGCACCUCCAUCCUGAUAGUAGAGCGCAUGUACCUGCGCCUGCGGGGCCGCUGCCCUCUGCUAGUGCGCUGCCUCAUCUACACGCUCUGGACCUACCUGUGGGAGUUCACUACCGGCUUCAUUCUGCGUCAAUUCAACGCCUGUCCCUGGGAUUACUCCCAGUUCGACUUUGACUUCAUGGGCCUCAUCACCCUGGAGUACGCAGUGCCCUGGUUCUGUGGGGCCCUCAUCAUGGAGCAGUUCAUCAUCCGCAACACCCUCCGCCUGCGCUUCGACAAGGAUGCGGAGCCGGGAGAGCCUGGCAGCCCCCCAGCCCUGGCCAAUGGCCACGUCAAGACUGACUGAGUUGGAAGAUGGAUGUGGGGGCCUGAGGUUUCUCAUUGGAACCUAUGGAUAGAGAGACCAAGCUGGUGGGGUUACCCCUUCCGUUCAGCACAAGCCCUGCUCCACAACUGGGCCUUAGCCCAGUAGGGCAAACACAGCCACAUAUGGUCUGAAGUGGGAUGGUGUUUAGGGGGCUGGGUGUCCAGCCAACAGAAGGAUAUUGGGAAACGUCCAUGGAUCCUCAGCCCAGCCUGGGGGCCGGUGGCUGAAGGCUUGUGGCUGGGCAAUGAACAAUUGGACUUCAUGGAUGAUGUUGGAAGCAGUAGGCCUGUCUUGGCCAAGGGAUGUGAAUUCUGGGGCCACAAGAGGGAGGCAAGGACUGAGGAGGCUUUGGCUGCUGUUGGGGCCACCUCCCCACCUGCUCCCUGGCUUUCGCUGGGCUUUGGCUGGUUCCAUUAGGCAAUAUUCAGGUGCUUGCUUGCAACCAAUACCUCCCUGAAGGGGCCUCUGAGCUGCAGCCUAAGAGAGACCCAGCAGCCCAUAGGCUGUUUGGUGGCGCUGCUGUUGUGCAAAGGCUGGGAAAACUUUCUCUGGCUCCUCUUCCCUCCCCCAGGGCCCCAUGCUGCUCCCUUGGCCUUCUGGGGGGUCUGUGGUGCUGGAUUCCCACCAACCUUGGGCUUUUGGAGGUUUCAAUCCCCGUGUGUUCGGUGGUGUUUCCCCUUUUCUCUUAUGUUCAAGACCUUUACCACUAGCAGACAGCCCUUUUCUCUAUGUCGGUCACCACACCCUCCCAGCUCCUAGCUCCCUAGACAGCACAGCAGCCAGUGGCCAGAGCCACAGCCCUGCAAUGGACCCCACCUGCCUUCCUGUAGCCUUCCUUCCACCUCUCACCUGGUGACUGGAGGGCCUGUCUCCCCAGCCCAGGUUUGGCAUUUGGGUGGUCUGAUAUCCCUCUCUGCAGGGGCCCUGUGAAAAUGAGUAGUGUCCCUCACCCCAGUGCACACAUCUAGGCCCAGGGGUGUGCUGUGGGUCCAUAGUGGGAUGGGUGGAGGAAGGCAGAGUUCUAGGUCCUAUCUGCCUGUACUGUUUAUUUCCAAGCCAGUUAGGCAGUCUGGUUUUCUAUGGGAUACAGGAGCAGGUAUCUGGCCUUGGAGACCCAAAGAGAAUGAGAUAGAUGCAGAGGACCAUGGAAGGCUCUUUGGAGCUCCUUUCUUGGAAAGGGAUUAAGUUCUGGUUCUACUGGUGGCCCCAGCUCUUAGGCUAAACUUCAUGGCCACUCCUCCUCUGACCUCUUCCAGUAAGGCUGAGUCUUUGAGCUUGUUCCUCAAACAGUAUUGACCCUGCCACACUCAAGGACAUUGUCAGGUUCAUUGUCUCAACUCUUCCCCCAUGACGGGUCCAUUGCUGGCAGUGGACAGUUGAAAUCCUUAUUCUAGGCCCCUUCUCAAAUUUGUUCCCCACUCUUUGAGAGGAUGGGUUCACCCAAGAGCAGACCAUCCCAUGACCCAUGGUCUCCUAUUGGUCACUCUAGGAUACUGAGGUAGAAAUUAGCCUUUCCUUUCUUACAGAUCAUUUAAAAGUGACAGUGCCACCUGAAGAGCCAGUCUCUAGAACAUGCAGACCAGGGCAGGUAGCAUGACUGUCCUGGACUAGGAGAAACUUGGAGGCUCAAUCUUUGAUGGCAUUUUCUCCUAUGGUUUUCUCUGUCCAGGGCAGCAUGAAAGGUAUUUCCCAGCCUGUUUUGCAGAGUCUUUGGGUUUGGUUGUAGCUCCAAUUCCAGGGCUUUGGGAAUUACAGGGAUUCAGGUGGGAGUGUGUUGCUUUUCAUCUACAGGUAGAGAGGAUUCUGUGUUUCCUUGGCCUUUCUCCAAUUCCAUGUUAUCUCAAUCACCUGAACCCUAAUGCCUUGCCAAGCUACCCACCUCAGACCUACCUGCACAACUGAAUCCAGUGGCCAGCUUGCUGAGGUCUCCCAGCAUUGAGACCUCCAGUUCUCAACCAGAGAAAGCCACUGGGUAGCCCCCAGAUCUUACCACUCCAGAUGUCUUGUAGGCAUUCCCUAGCACCAUUUUCUCUUGAGGCCCUAUUAAUUCCACGUGCAGGAGAGGUUCCUGGAGUGACUGCAUGCCUGGCAACAUUCAGCAUUAUAGGUCCCCUGUUGCUUCUAUGGCCCCUUGUAGGGCACAGAACACCCAGCCAGGGGAGGCUGCAACUUACAGCCCGACCACAGGACCUGCAGGCUCAGAUCUUACCAAGUAUAGCCUAGACUUCAAAUCUUGCUUUACUGCGUAUUUUCAGGGCUCCAUUCCCUUAUGUCCAGGGCACAAAAGUUGGGGUAAUAGAAGCCCAACCAAGCAGUGGAGAGCCUCUGGUGUCCUGAGCUCAAGGCAGACAUCUCUGACUUAAAGAUAGUAAGUGUGCUGCCCUGCAUGGUUGAGUUGCUUUGGAUGGCUGCUAGGCUCCCUGUGCCCUGUCCCUUCUUGAUGCCAGUGAGUCACAAUGGCCUGUGCUUAUUCACAGCAAUAAUACAUAGGGAGCGUCCAUGAGUCCCUUUUGUCCUGGUCCCUCUUUGUGGGUCUCCCAGGAAGCUGCUAAGUGGUUUGGUUCAUGUGAAAACCUGUUUAUAAAGCUCUGGGCUGUGCAGACACUGUCACUGCAGGCAGGGCAAGACAGAUAAGGCAGGGGGAGUGCCUUCCAUCCUGAGGUCACCCAUAUCUGGAGGAACCGCAGGCCCUGGCUUUGUAAAAUGGUGAAGUGUGUAGGGCUGUUUUCCAACUGGACAGAUCUUGAGAAAGGCACAUGACUGGUUUGUGCACCCAUCGCCUGCUGUGUCUAUUAGUAUGUCUCUUCCUUUUCAUACCUGUGCACAUAAAAUAUACUGGUGUUUGUGUUCCUGGA